CUUAUUGCUACGUAGCUGUAGCUUCCAUCUCUCUUUCUUUUCUUAUUUUUGCCUCAUCCCAGUGCUCCUUGUUCCUUGUCAAGCCCUCUUGCCACGCUGCUUCACCUUAGAUCUAUCUACCCGUCGUCUCCCAUCUCCAUAUUCCUAUCCGCCCACCCUCAUUCUCACUCAUCCAUCUCCGCAUCUCGACUCACAACUUAUCUCGACGACAACUCCCACUUAGCAAACCGGCGCAACACGGCCCAACUAGGCUCUCUUCCCACGAAACGACAGAUCACUUUCAACCUCUCUUGUCACCGUCAUCCCUCUGUCACAAGAAGAGGGCUGGCUCAUCUCUGCUCAGCGGCGCCAAGGUACUAUCUAUCUGCCUCUCUGUCUGCCUGUCUAGACUCUAGGCGCGGCCUUUUCCCCCACCAUCUUUGAGACCCCUCUGAACCCCUCCACCACCACUACAACCAUCCCGACCGAAUCGGCUCUCCCACGGCAGCCGCGCAACCUCGCACCACCCCACCACUUCACACCCUCACUAUCACAACCCGGAAUCCAUCCCCCUUCUUCCGCGCCAGCCUUCCUUGUAAACAAUUUUUCUUCUCUCCUCACUUCUGUUUACGACCCUUCCGAGAGAAUCAUAACUUCACAUCUGCUGUGCCGCCCUUAAUCAUCCAUCUUCCCCAUAUAACACUUCCCUACAGUUCUUGGCCGGGCCUAAUCUGAAGUCCCAGAUCAAGGAAGCCAUCCCUCUGGGACCAUUAUCUGUAUCUCUACCUUUCUGUUAGUCAGCCGCAUCCGAAACCAGUAUUCGUUCUCUGGUCUGCGAACUUCGUUCUGACCUGUCGGACAGCAUUAGUCUCCGAGAAACACCACAUCGGAUCAACAUUGGAUUUUAACCGAGGUCGAAGCACCAGGUUACUCUCGCCGCCGCCUCUUUGCCUCUGAGAGCACCAUAGCUGACUUGAAGCCAGAAGUAUAGACAUAAUUGUGGGCAAAGACAUGAGAUAGUAAGGUUGCUGGAUUAUGGUGGACAGGCCCAGAGGUUUCCUCUCAAACCCGGGAUAUCAUGGCAACCCGACGCGCGGCGUUAGGCUUGCCGAGCCGCCCAGAUGAACAGAUACGAGCAAGAAGGGCCGCUGCCGCCGGAUACAUCGAUCAGAGCGAGGACUUGCAGAGCACCCCUCGGAGGAUCCGCAGAGAAGGAGAGAACAUUCGGAUCGCCAUUCAACAACCAGUGCAGACCAAACCUGCACCGAUGCCCUCGACGGCCUCCUCGCGGCGACCAUCCAUUCCGAUGCCUUCUACCCGGCCACCUUUAACCCACCAGACCCAGUCAUGGAGUUCUAACAGCACGGCUGCCGAGAGACCCAGCCAUGCUCCGACCAUGUCUGGCUCAUCGACAUCUGGCCAGUCUCAAUUGAGCGUUGCCAAGCCGAAACGCAACGUACUGCGGAGAAAGCAGUCGUCUGUCACCCCAAAGACACCAAGCCUACGUCACGAUUCGAACAACACCGAUUCAACCCGAGGAAGCUCAUCUUCUUCAGUUCCACGAUCCCGGUCUUCUCUGGAACCCGCCCCCUAUCACCUUGACCGCGGCAUGACCGAGAGCCCAACCGAGAUUCGCAUCGCACACGUUAUCGAUCUACCCAAGACCCAGGCGCAACCUGUAACGAUUUAUCCCGAGCUUGAUCGAUAUAGAGAGAUCUAUGGACGACCCUCCACGUCUUCAGAGGGAUCUAGCGUUGAUUUCCUCCACAGGCUGGCUACGCACGACCUCCCACCCCCGACUCCCGUCUUCUCCGGCACCAGCAGCCAGUUGAGUGCUUUCAGUGGCAGCCCUUCCACCAGAUUCUCUGAAUCAACUAGCCCGGGUCCAUACAGCCGUGAUACCACUCCUACCUCCAUGUCGUCACAAUCGCCAGGACUGGUGGUUCCGAUGCGACUUCCUGUGCCCAGAGUGAGGCAAGUGAGUCCGGCAGUAACACGGCCACCAGUCGCCCGGAGAAGAGCCGGCAGCAUACCGAAUGAGAUGGAAGCGUUUAGCGCCGACCCCCAAGGGCUUGCCGCGGUACGCGAGUCUUUGACAUCGUCAUCGUCAAACUCGACAGUUCGAGAAGGAGACCGCAAAGAGUCCAAAAAGAAGAAGAGGUUGUCGCCUCUACCUCCGAGCCCACCGCCACGCAAGUCGUCCCAGAAGUUUACCAAGGAUCAAGACAAUGACGAGUCUCCAUCCAAGGCCUCACGAGAGUCGGCUAUGCCAGUCAUGACAGCCCCGUCACCCAUUCAAUCUCCCCCACGAAGAACACCAGCUGCUUCACCCAGGGCAACCCCCCCUGCUCGCCCCAGCCGAGACAACACCCCGGACCUGCAAUCCCAGCUGUUUGGUCCCUUGCCCAUCAUCCACAGCAAUCUAUCUUCAUCUUCCUUGUUAGGCGACAAACGUGGACCGGAGCUGCAGCCAUUGUCACGAUCAACGACUCCCCUGUCAUACCCAGAUAACCCUCAGCAAACCUCCCGUUUGCCGGUCGGCAGGGAGGCUACACCGGCCCCGCGCUCAGCAAAUGCCGUGGACACGAAGAAGAAGAACGACAGAACCGUCACUCGUACCCCGAGCCCCGGUACAUCGACCUUUUCUCGGUUUCCCUUCUUUGGGCGGCGGUCCAAAACAGCGCCGGAGGUUCCUCAAGUCGACAAGAAGGACAAACCAGCUCGUAAGGGGCCAGCCGCCGGCACUGGGCAUGAAGGUUACGGACGCCUGGGUGGUCUCCGAAGGCGAAGUGGAAGUUCAUCGACCAACUUAGCCCGCCCCAGUCUAGGACCCGGUUCCUCUCAAGACAGCCUCAGCAGCAACCAGCCAACUGAUCCUUUCCUUCUGGAGCGGAUGAACCCCGUCAUCAUUUCCGGUGGAGGGCUUGUCGACAACAGAAACAACAGCGUAGACUUGGUUCGUUCAGAGAGCUAUCAGAGCCUUGGAUACGCCUCUGAGGUGUCCACAACUUCCAGCAUUGGGCGAAGCCUAGCCCCAUCAGCCAUUCCUCGAGGUGGUCCUCAUCCCUCCCUCAGUCGUCGCCGUCCUUCCGACAGUAGCGAUUCCGAGGCAGUGACUAUGAAGCCCACGUUGGCGUUCAGGCGAUCCGUUCAGCGUUUGCGUUCGUCUCCGGACCAGAGCCCACUGAAGCUCCCUCAGCCCAUCAACACCACUGGGAUUACGUCGCCGUCGAUUAACAGCCAUGAUACAAGCAUUCUUACGGAUGAUUCGCAAUUCGAAAUGCAUAGAGAGGUCAUUCGUGGCCGCAUUGCCGCAGCCACUGCGACCACACCGAAGAAGCUCACCAAGCGUACACGCUCUCCAAGGAAGUGGAAUCUCUUCAGCCGAUCCCAGAGCCAGCCGAACACCAAGAAGUCAGAGAAGGAUGCUGUGCCAGUCGCUGCAACCGUGAAAGUAGUACAGCACAAGCCGGCUGCAUUUUACACUCUGAUGGACGGUUCCGAGCAGGAAGACAUUGGUACUCCAGACGUCGAGGAGAUCCUUCGCGAGGCUGAAGUCUUUGAUCUUCCAUCCCCUCCGCCUGUUCUGAAAGAGAGACGAACAUCCUCUGCAAGUCAGACCAACAGGAGAGAAUCCUUGAGCAGACUUUUGCAGCCAACCAAGUCAUCGCAAGCUCGGAGAAACUCGGCGACCGCAAAGUCAACUUCAAUCCCAGCGAUUCGGUCCAUGAAGCCUACCCACGCACCUCAGUCUAGUGUUUCGAAGCCAGCUGAACCGCGCCCAAGUCGCCUGCCUCAAGUUGGCCGGAUCCCCAAGGUCGUAACCUCUCGGCCAGAGCACACCUCGUCGAGAAGCUUCUCUCGGCCUUUCAACAGAAUCAGCAUGCAGAUGCCGCCGCAAGCCGCAAGCUUCAACCCGGAUUUUGUUGCUUCGGGUGCGACCCCAACCCCAGAGCUAUCCACGCCCGAACUGUCUCGUGGAGAAUCUGCGGCGACUAGCGACAAGACCAAUUCGGACCCUCGCUCUUCUCUUGUUCCCGUCAAGACGCCUGAAAUGAUUCAAAUCGGUAGAGAGUUUCUGGCGUUUUCUCCUCGAAAGAACUCUGAGUGCACCACAAGCACUGAUUCCAGCAGCCUCGGCAUGUACACACUUGCAGAUGCCAUGGCUUACGUGCCCGAUCCGAAUGCACCUCUUGUUGAGGACGAGAUCUGGGACGAGUACAACGAUCUGAUUGGCGACGUGCCACCAUCUGCAACCUCAUCAAAGGGCGCCCCGUUCUAUCUCGAGACCCACGGCUCGCGAAUGUCAAAGAGGUCUUUGAAGCCUCUCGAGUCUCCUACCAUUGCGCCGCCAUCAAAGACUUUGGAGAAAAACGUCGAGGUCGAAGUUGGCACUACAACGUCUAGUGUCUAUUCCGCCGAUAUGACCGAGCGUCUCAAGGCUGCCUUUGCAUUGAAGCCUGAGGGAGAAAUCCUUGUACCUGUUGGCGAGAUCCCUGCUAGAGUCAUUGACCGCGAGAGCACUGAGCUAGCACGUAAGGCGACGGCCGCGUCUCAGAGAAGUAGCGGCUCGUCUCGCAGAUCAAGACAGUCCGACUGCAGCUGCAAGUCUUCCGAGGAUGAGUCGCCGCUUUCUCAAGUCAACCUUCGUGUCGGUUCGAUGACGGUCAGCAAGUGGUUGUCUUUUGGUCAUGUGCUCUUCAGCCCAGCCCGGGACCAGCUUCUGGACGUUGUCGGCUCGCUGAAGCGUCAUUCUAUUCUCGUUGUUGAUGGCCUUGGUAACGAUGACUGGUCGUUUUACGCGGCAGAGACAUACCCUGCUGCUACCUUCUUCAACCUGUCACCCCGUGCGCCGUUGCCAGAGGAGCAUAAGAACUCGUCAAGCUUCCCAUUGAGCCCGCCAAACCACCAUCAGAUUCAAUACCUCUCCCAGAUGGACAAGUUUCCCUUUGGCGCAGAGAGCUUCACCUCGGUGGUCUUCCGCUUCCCUGCAGCCGCGCUCGAGUCUCACUACCGGAACAUUGUUUCGGAAGCACGUCGAGUUCUCAAGCCGGGUGGCUACCUGGAGCUCUCAAUCCUUGACGUUGAUCUCAAUAACAUGGGCAACCGGGGCAGACGUACCGUCCGCCGACUGAAAGAACGCAUCCACGUCAACAACUCGGAAGUCAGCAUUGGCUCGUCCUCUGACCUCAUUCUACGCCUCCUCGGGCGCAAGGGCUUUUCCGAUGUCAAAAACUGCCGCGUCGGCGUGCCGGUGGCGAGCGUUGUGACUCGAUCGGAGAGCGGCAGCAAGAAGCCACCCGUCGCUGGCGCCCGGAAGGCCAAGGAAGUUCGCAGCCUUGCCGAGAUGAUGAAUGAGGACGGCGAUUCCGCCGAUGAGAACAUCACCAAAAUGGUGGCCAAGGUGGGCCGGUGGUGGUACAGCCGCUGUUAUGAGAGCGCAGCUGGGACUAUCAGCAAGAGCAUCUGGUCUGAUCGUGCGUUGCUUUCCGAGUGCGAGGAGCUUCGAACAAGCUUCAAGCUCAUGGUUUGCUACGCACGUGUACCGGAUAGGGCGCGAACCGCAAGUAUUUGAGUCUUUCAAGUCUCUUCAUUCCUUGUUUGCUUCAGCCUGGUUUCCUUACUGUCCUCAUUUCCUACCACAACGUACAUGACCCAUUCCAACGUAUCUUUAUUACAAGGGCAUCAUUAUGGGAGAUUCGGAACGGAAGAGCAAGCAUCACAAGAUCCAAGAGGGCGCAAGCCCAUGAUCGACUCUACCCCACAGUGGCUGAGUCUUUACCCCCUUUUACACAACGAAGCAGAGCAGCCGGUGAACACAGCACGGCGUUUGCGAGAGGGCUCAUCUGACCCAUUCAUCCUUGGCUGAGUGGGCAUGGAUAGCCUCCUCAUCAUCCCUUACUAUCAUAUUUCCUUACUAUCUAUACGCAAGCCAUCACUGGCGAAAUAUGUAACACAUAGUAUUGGGUCUCGAAACCCGUGGUCCUGUAUUUGUCGACUGGCUGUGCCAUGGCGAGAACGCCCCUUUCUCUUCUCUCAUCCAUCACUUUCACCACAAAAGCAAAUGGCGCGAUAUUAAUAUUCUCUUUCUACAACCUCAUCAGCGAUAGGACACUCUUUGGGAGCGGAUUAGCAAGGAAAGCUGGACUGGACUGAACUUGGAACGCAGUAUGGGUGCGAAUAAUGUGAUGGCUGAGCCGUUGCGCUUCUCUUUUGGGUUGUCUCUCUUUCUUUCUCGCUCAACCGGAGCGCUGGGUUUUGGGACGUGGUAUCAUGACAAGGAACGAAACGAGAGAGACAAGAGGAUGAAAAGCGUGGUGGCUCGAGGGCCAACAGGAGAGGAGGAAAUUGGCAACGAGAGUACGACAUGAUGAAUCAUGUUGGAUGUCUGGACUGUCCUUGAAGCGUUUUGCAUGGCACGAGAUACCCCAAUCUUUUGGUAGCGGA